AUGAAGGGCCGCUCGCCUCCGAGGAGGAGACUCCAGCGCGUCCGCGUCCUCUUCCUUCUCUCGGGCGUGCUGCUGUGUUUCGUCUACGCGCUGACUCUGAAGGCCAGGCUGUCGGAGCUGCGAGCCUCCGACAGCACUCUCGACGACGUCGUGGAAGUCAGCAUUCGAGAGGUGGUGGCAUCCAAUGAGACGGAGGAGGUUGUCUCGCCCGAGAGCACCGAACCUCCGGUGAUAAUCGUCAACAGGACAGAUAUAGAACAUUGUAUGUACGUAGAACCUCAACCUCUCAAACCUCCGACUCCACCGCCACCCACCUCGACCGACACCCCUCACAGCAAGGGCGAUUACCCCGAGGACCUCUUCACGGUGGAGCAGCGACGGCAAGGCUGGGUGACCCUGCACCUCUUAGGCAUGACCUACAUGUUCGUCGCCCUGGCCAUAGUCUGCGACGAGUUCUUUGUUCCCGGGCUGGAGGCCAUCACCGAAAAGCUGGCGAUCUCCGACGACGUGGCCGGGGCCACCUUCAUGGCGGCCGGAGGAUCCGCCCCGGAGCUCUUCACCUCCCUGAUCGGCGUCUUCGUCUCCCACAGCAACGUGGGCAUCGGCACCAUCGUGGGCUCGGCCGUCUUCAACAUCCUGUUUGUGAUUGGCAUGUGCGCCAUCUUCUCACGGGAGAUGCUGCACCUGACCUGGUGGCCGCUCUUCCGAGACGUGACCUUCUACAUCCUGGACCUCGCCAUGCUCAUCGUCUUCUUCCUGGACAACACCAUCCUGUGGUGGGAGAGCUUGUCGCUGCUGUUGGGCUACAUCAGCUACGUGAGCUUCAUGAAGUUCAACAGUCCGAUCGAGCGCAUGGUCAAGACCCUGAUCCACAGGCACAUGAGCAUCGUCAAGGUGUGGACCGCGGAGGAGCUGGAGAAGGAGAGUGAAGCUCCUCCUCCUCCUCCUGCUGCACCUCCUGCUGCCGCUGAACCUCCUCCUGGUACACCAAAAGCUAAAGACAAAUCCAAACAAGAACCUGAACCACCUCCGAGCUCCCCUCAAUGCAACAAUCCGCCAUCAGAGCUACACGAUGAGAAAGCAAGACUCAAGGUGCGCCCCACCCUGCAGCGCGGCGGCAGCAAAGCCUCCCUCCACAACACCUCGCUGAGGAGCACCAUCUUCCAGCUGAUGAUCCACACGCUGGACCCUCUGGGAGAAGAUGACGAGCCAAAGCCGAAUGAGCCAGCCGCCGCCGGCGCCGCCGAGCCGUCCACCUCACGGCCUCAAAAGACGGAAGAGAAGACGGCCGGCCAGCCCGACGCCUCAAAGGCGGCAGCGGGGGGAUCGAAGAGCUCGGGCGGCAGCUCCAGGGACGAGAGCGGCGACGAGGAAAGCGGCAAGUCAGUCGAGAGUGGUGGAGGUGGUAGUAGUAGUGGUGGUAGUAGUAGUGGUGAUGAUGAUGGAAACCAGGAGGAAGAGGAAGAGGGGGAGGAGGAGACUGAACCGUUGUCUUUAGAGUGGCCUGAAACCAGACGCAAGCAGGCCACCUACCUGUUCCUGCUGCCCAUCGUGUUCCCCCUGUGGCUCACGCUGCCGGACGUCCGCAAGCCGGAGUCCAAACGGUAUUUCGCGGGUUCGUUUAUCGGCUCCAUCAUGUGGAUCGGCAUCUUCUCCUACAUGAUGGUGUGGUGGGCUCAUCAGGUGGGGGAGACUAUCGGUAUCUCAGAGGAAAUCAUGGGCCUGACCAUCCUGGCUGCCGGGACGUCGAUCCCCGACCUCAUCACCAGUGUGAUCGUGGCCCGUAAAGGUCUGGGGGACAUGGCCGUGUCCAGCUCGGUGGGCAGUAAUAUCUUCGACAUCACUGUAGGUCUGCCCGUCCCGUGGCUCAUAUACACUCUGCUGCACGACGGCGAGCCGGUGGCCGUCAGCUCCAACGGCCUCUUCUGCGCCAUCGUGCUGCUCUUCCUCAUGCUCCUCUUCGUCAUCAUCUCCAUCGCCGCCUGUCGCUGGAACAUGAGCCGAAGGUUGGGCCUCACCAUGUUCUUCCUGUACUUCGUGUUCCUCGUGCUCAGCGUGAUGCUGGAGGAUCGCAUCCUCGUCUGCCCCGUCUCCAUCUGAGAGCGACCGGGAUCCACGCCGCCACCGGAUGUCAAAACGCUGACUUGGCGCACAGUAGAUGUUGAAGGGGGGAAACAAAGUCCACCCUCAACGUAGUUUGACAUUUUUUUUAGUCUGGCGUUCAUUCCAGUCCGGCCCUCUGAGGCACGUUUGUGAUUUGGGUCUAUACAAAAUACAUUUUAUUGAAUUUAUUCACUUUUUAUAGAUAAUUGUGCAACGUUACAUGUGUCAGAAAAUGUCAAAUAUUGAGUGUAGCAACACACUUUUGUUUUUGUCUAAGCCCAAAAAUGUGAUAAAUUAGGAUGUACUACCGGUAUAUUUUCCAGCACUUAAAUCGUAUCAUCUCCCUGGAUUGUUCCCUCAGCUAAAAAAAAAAGGAAAAUAAACUGGAUUUCUGUUAAAAAUGUUCCCGAUUAUGACCAUAAGUGAGCGUUACUACACAGGGGAGGUUGCCUCGACGUGCGCUGUCACUCAUUCAUAACAUCCUCAAAAUUAAACUCUUUUAAAAGUGUAUUAAACUUUUUAAAAAAGAAGCUCCUUUAACAGGUUUGCUGACAGUUCAAAUAUGAGGACAUUAUCAAUAUGUCAGAUGCUGUUCUUCUUUAGCGACGUCAUUCGGUGAGACUCGUUUGAUUUAUGAUGUUUAACAUAAUGUGAGAUAUGAUGGAUGACAUGUGAGUCUUAGUUUUGUGUGUGCGCAAAACAUUAAGUCUGAUGUGACUGCACAAUUAUCUACUAUUUUUUUUUUCUCUAGUUUUCUUUUUAAUAUUUUGACCAGAAUCAUCCGUGAGGUGACUUUAAUGGAUAAAUUAAUGAACUACAUUACAGAAGUAAAAGGUUUCAGAUUAUUUGUGCAGCACUAACUACUUACUGGAUGCAACUUCGGUUUUGUAUGUUCAGUAUUUUCUCGCGUCCGUUCAGUGUAGGACAGUUUGUGUGUGAACACAUAUUUCAUAUUGUCAACAUACCGUGGUGGUUGUGUCAGACCGUCUUUAGAUGUGAGAAAAUAAACCUGAGAGGUGUCAGAUGUCGUGUUUAAACUGUUGGAUUGAAGUGGAUGCAAAACAUGUAUUAUUGAUGGAAAACUAUCAGUAUUUAAAAUAAAUAUUCCAUGCUGCAAUAAAUUAUUUUUUUAACAGUGAA